UGUUUUGUUUUUUUUUUUUUUCCUGAUAAAAUCCCCUAAUUUCAUAAACCUGUUGUCCAUUUCCCCCAAAGAAAAAUGAGCUCAAUUGUCACAUUCUCAGCAUAAGCUUUCAAAAACCCUGAUUGGAUAAACCCUUGCAACCCAGUUCAGCUCAAGCAAUGACCUCCAUUGACAUUCUUUCAACCCCUAGGGUUCACCUCCCCAAACCCUAUACCCACAUCGGAAGAUCACACCCAAUUCUUAUUCACUCCAAAAGCUUGAAUUUCACUCGGAAAACCCCAAUUUAUUCGCGUUUACUGCUUCCUAAUUCAUUCACAGUCUUGUGCAAGUCGAAUUCAGAGUCCUCAUCACAGGCCAGUGGGGCCAGCGAAACCACCAAAGACGAUUUUGUGACCCGGGUUUUGAAGGAGAACCCAAGCCAGGUCGAAUCCAAGUACCGAAUUGGCAACAAGUUUUACACUUUGAAAGAAAAAGAGGAUUUGGGCAAGAAUCCUGAUGUGGGUGUUAUCGAAUUCUUGGCGAAAAGGUUGAAUUUGAUGCCGAAGGCGGAGAGAGAGAACGGAGAGGGUCGAAAUGAGAGUGGAGUAGGGGAUGAGGCUGUGCAUUUGAAGGAUAUUUUGAGGGAGUAUAGAGGGAAGCUUUAUGUGCCCGAGCAGAUUUUCGGGUCGGCAUUGUCAGAGGAGGAGGAAUUCGAUAGGACCUUGGAGGUGUUGCCGAGAAUGAGCUUUGAGGAUUUUCUGAAAGCAACGAGGAGCGAUAAAGUUAAGUUGUUGACUUCAAAGGAGGAUACCGGCAUGUCUUAUGUUAAUGGUCAUAGGGAUUUCAUUGUGGAGUUGAAAGAAAUACCGGGUGACAAGAGCUUGCAUAGAACCAAAUGGGCUAUGAGGCUGGAUGAGAAUGAAGGUCAAGCACUUUUGGAGGAGUACACUGGUCCACGAUAUGAAAUUGAGAGGCACAGUAUGUCUUGGGUGGGAAAAGUACUAGAUUACCCUCAUCCGGUGGCAUCUUCCAUAUCUAGCAGAAUGAUGGUGGAGCUUGGAAUGUUGACAGCGCUGAUAGCUACUGCAGCAGUUGUUGUUGGGGGGUUUCUGGCCUCUGCUGUAUUUGCUGUUACCAGUUUCAUCUUUGUGGCCACUGUAUAUGUUGUAUGGCCUAUAGUCAAACCAUUUCUGAAGCUUUUUUUUGGUCUCAUACUUGGAAUUUUAGAGAGAGUUUGGGAUAAUGUUGUUGAUCUUUUCAGUGAUGGAGGGAUUUUCUCUAAGCUCUCUCAAUUUUACACUUUCGGCGGUGUAUCUGCCAGCCUUGAGAUGUUAAAACCAAUUACGUUUGUCCUUUUGAUUAUGGUUCUUCUUGUCCGUUUCACACUUUCGAGAAGACCUAAGAACUUCAGGAAGUGGGAUCUGUGGCAAGGAAUUGAUUUUUCACGAUCUAAAGCUGAAGCUCGUGUUGAUGGUUCAACUGGAGUUAAGUUUAGUGAUGUGGCAGGGAUAGAUGAGGCAGUGGAAGAACUCCAAGAGUUGGUGAGGUACUUGAAGAACCCAGAACUGUUUGAUAAAAUGGGGAUUAAACCUCCACAUGGAGUUCUUUUAGAGGGUCCCCCUGGAUGUGGCAAGACGCUGGUUGCUAAGGCCAUUGCUGGUGAAGCUGGUGUUCCAUUUUACCAAAUGGCCGGAUCUGAAUUCGUUGAAGUUUUAGUUGGUGUUGGUUCAGCUCGUAUUAGGGAUCUAUUUAUGAGAGCCAAGGUAAACAAACCAUCUGUCAUAUUCAUUGAUGAAAUUGACGCAUUGGCAACUAGGCGUCAAGGAAUUUUCAAGGAAUCUACAGACCACCUGUAUAAUGCAGCUACUCAAGAGAGGGAAACAACAUUGAACCAGCUCUUGAUAGAGCUUGAUGGUUUCGAUACUGGUAAAGGUGUUAUAUUUUUAGCUGCUACAAAUCGUAGGGAUUUGUUAGAUCCUGCACUUCUUCGACCAGGUCGUUUCGAUCGCAAGAUAAGAAUUCGUCCUCCUAGUGCUAAAGGGAGAUCGGAAAUUCUGAAAAUUCAUGCAAGCAAAGUGAAAAUGUCAGAGACUGUUGAUUUGUCGGUCUAUGCUCAGAACCUGCCCGGAUGGACGGGAGCAAGGUUGGCUCAAUUAGUCCAAGAGGCUGCCCUUGUGGCAGUCAGGAAAGGGCAUCAGUCAAUUCUUCAGUCAGACAUGGAUGAUGCAGUCGACAGACUUACGGUAGGACCCAAACGUGUUGGAAUAGAAUUGGGACAUCAGGGACAAUGUCGUAGGGCUACUACUGAAGUGGGAGUUGCAAUGACAUCUCAUCUGCUCAGGCGAUUUGAGAAUGCAAAAGUUGAAUGCUGCGAUCGCAUUUCAAUUGUCCCUCGUGGUCAGACAUUAUCUCAACUUGUAUUUAAUCGACUUGAUGAUGAAGCAUACAUGUUUGAACGCCGGCCUCAACUGUUGCACCGCCUUCAGGUUUUACUUGGAGGGAGGGCUGCCGAGGAGGUUAUUUAUGGACGGGACACGUCAAGGGCAUCGGUUGACUACCUUGCAGAUGCAUCUUGGCUUGCUCGUAAAAUUUUAACCAUAUGGAAUUUGGAGAAUCCAAUGGUCAUACAUGGAGAACCACCACCUUGGAGAAAGAAAGCUAAAUUUAUAGGACCAAGGCUGGACUUUGAAGGAUCUCUCUAUGAUGACUAUGGUCUGAUUGAACCCCCAGUCAACUUCAAUUUAGAUGAUCAAAUUGCACAGAGGACUGAGGAGCUGAUACAGAACAUGUAUGAAAGGACGGUUUCUUUGCUUAGGAGGCACCAUGCAGCUUUGCUCAAAGCUGUGAAGGUUCUUCUCGAUCAGAAGGAAAUCAGUGGGGAAGAACUUGACUUCGUCUUGAACAAGUACCCUCCACAAACGCCUAUAACUCGUCUUUUGGAGGAGGAAAAUCCUGGAAGCCUUCCGUUUGUCAAACAAGGAAAAGAGUAUGAUUUGGAGUAUGCCCUUCUAACCCCGUCUAAAGGAGAAACCUAGUGAAUGAGAUACUUGGUGCAGUUCCAUAUUUGAUAUCGGCUCUGAUCAGACAUGGCCUAUCUAUCUUUUAAUGAAAUGAUAUGAUACAUCGAGGGUAGUUCAAUUGGCUAGAGAUCACACCUCAUCUUUCACUAGUUUGGAGGGAAGAAUGAGAUAUGGCAUCCCUUAGUAAAACAUUCCCAAGAAGGGAGAGAGAGAGUCAUCCUGCAAUUUUGGUUCAUUUGUUAAUAUGAAUGGUUAGAUUGAUAUAUUCUUUUCUGUUGGUAAUAUAUGUAUUAGAAGUGGGAAGAAUAUAUAACAUUUUUCUUCUUUUUGAGGAUA